GUUAGAUAGUCUUAGUCCUCUCUGACAGCUGACUUCUCCUUUGGCUUUUCUGCUUGUUGGUGUUCUGAAGACUGAACGAUGAGGGUGUGGAUUGUCUUCCUCCUGUGCCUAGCUGGUCAGGCAUUCACCGCUUCCAUUACUGAGGAGGAGCCCAUCAUUGAUGACGUCGGUGAGGAGGCACAGCCAGAGGUGGGGGUCAACCCGGUGCAGGUAGAGACUGGAGACUUCGACGAGGCCAUCGAUGUCGAGGAGGAGGAGGAGGAGGUCACCGCUGAGAGCCCCUGCUUGAACCACCACUGCAAGAAGGGAAAGGUGUGUGAGGUGGAUGAGGAGAACACCCCCAUGUGUGUCUGCCAGGACCCAACUACCUGCCCUGGCGCCGUUGGAGAGUUUGAGCAUGUCUGCGCCACCGACAACACAACCUACGACUCUUCCUGCCACUUCUUUGCCCAGAAGUGCAGUCUGGAGGGAACCAAGAAGGGCCACAAACUGCACCUGGACUACAUCGGGCCAUGCAAAUUCAUCGAGGCCUGCAUGGAUGCUGAGCUGAAUGAGUUCCCCCUGCGUAUGAGGGACUGGCUGAAAAACGUUCUGGUCACCCUGUACGAGCGCGAUGAGGAGAACAACCUGCUGACUGAGAAGCAGAAGCUCAGAGUGAGGAAGAUCUAUGAGAAUGAGAAGAGACUGCAGGCUGGAGAGCACUCCCUGGACCUGCUGGCCCACGACUUUGAGAAGAACUACAACAUGUACAUUUUCCCCGUCCACUGGCAGUUCGGUCAGCUGGACCAGCACCCCGUCGAUGGGUUCCUGUCCCACACAGAGCUGGCCCCCCUGCGCGCCCCUCUCAUCCCCAUGGAACACUGCACCACUCGUUUCUUCGAGCAGUGUGACGCUGACAAUGACAAGUACAUCGCCCUGGAGGAGUGGGCCAACUGCUUCAGCAUCAAGGAGCAGGACGUCGACCAGGACCUUGUCAUCUAAGCUCAUCAGCUGACCUACAGUAUGAAAACGAGUCUCUAUCGGGACGAGGUGCUCACCUGAUCCCUAAAUUAGAGGAACACAGUAACGGUGCUAACUACAACUAAUUAACGACCAACCGACACCACUAAAAUUGCUGAAAAAGACAUAUGCACAGUCUGAACUAACAAAUCACAAAACGUGAUCAUGAUACAACUUUUUUUUUUUCUUGUUUUCUGCAAAUAAAGAAAAUCCUUUUUAACCAGAUAGAUUAGAGGAGGUAACAGAAAGAUGCUUUUUGGCGGGAGAAAGAUGUAAAUGGUUGUUGAAUGGGUUGUGAUAAUGGUUGUUCACAACAUGUAUAUUGUGUUCACGUGAUCAGGGCUUGGGUUUAAUAACGUCAAAUAGAACAUUCUUUGGAGGAUACAAGUUUUGUAAAAAUCUUUAAAAAAAAUAAAGUUUCUAAAU